AUGUAUGUAGAUGAGCAGCCAGGGACAAAGGCGCCGCCAGGGCGGAGCAGCCAAGCGCACCGGAGCCUUAGAGCCCGAGCCCGAGCCCGAGCCCGAGCCGGAGCGAGCGCGGGGGCACCGCACACCACCGCACCUCUCGAGGCACCCAGCCAGGGAAAGAAGGAAAGAAGGGGCGAUGGGCGGCGGCCAGCGAUCCCGGCGGCCGUCGCUCGCCACGGCCAGCGGCCCAGCUCGGAGCUCACCCUGAAGGAGGCAGCUCAGGAUUCCCUUGCUUCCCGGCGCCCCCCGCUCUCCGGGGUAUGGGCUGAACUGCAAGGGAUAGGAGCGCGCCCAGGUCUACCCUUGGACCGGCCCCAGGGGACCAAGCAUCCCGCGUGGCCAAGAUGCGCCCCGGGCGCUCUUAGACGGAGGCGAGCAGCAGCCCCCCGCCCAGCUCUCUCUCCGCUCGCCGCUGGCUCUCGGCUGCCCUCCCGGCCUCUCUUCCCUGGGCCCGAGCCCUCGGGGGCCGGGCCCCGCCCCGCCCAGUCCCAGUGCGCCCCGCCCAGCCCGGCAGAGAAGGCAGAGCUGGAGAGACGCCUGGCCCCCUCUCCGCCCCCCGUGGUGUCUCCCAGGAGCUCAGGGCGCAUGGAGAGGACCGCGGCCGGCUGCGUGUGCCCGGAUGAGCAGAGCAUCCUUCCGUGUAAGAAGGAGGAGCUGCAGUGUGACAACGGGCUGUGCCUGCUGAACUGGCUACGCUGUCACUACAAGAAGGACUGUAGUCGAGACUACAUGUCCAUCAAAAUCACCUGCUCCAAGAUUCAUUCCAACCAGAGCGGCCCCAUCAACAAGUACCCAGUCUUCACAGAGAGCACCGGCGACCCCAGCCUGCUGGUGUCCCCUCUGCUGGUGGCUGGGGUGGUCAUCGGCCUGGUGCUAUUUCUGUCCUGUGUGACCAUUAUUGUGGGCAGCCUUCGGAAAGAUGGACGACUCCGGAACCACCCACACCUGAGGAGGGACCCCACCUAUGCUCCAGAUGGCUUCUCCUAUGGUGGCUCUGUUGGAGAGCUGAGAUCCACCUGCAUCGAGGAGUUCCCUCCCGCCUUCGACUUUGGUGCCUACAUGGAGACGCUGUCCCAAGUCAAUGUGCUGUACCCAGACUCACCACCAGGCUACGAGGAGUGUGUGGGACCAGGGUCAACUCAAAUCUACAUCCCCACUGAAGACCCUCCACCAUACUCACUGAAUGACCCUUGCCUGGACAGGAAUGUCUCCAUCCAGAUCAGUGCGGCAGAGGAGAGGGAUGAGGAUGAAGAGGGAGCUUCUUUGCCUGUGGCCGAGGGGGAUCCUGGCUGUUCCAUCAGAUCUCCCCAAGGACAGGCGGUCAUCUCCACUAUUGCCCUAGAAACUGUGCCUCCCUAUGAAACUGUAGUGCAUGACCCUAAUGUGCUCCUUCCCCUUCAGAGUCUGAAGAGCUCCCCAGCUGAGUACCAGACCCUUCUUGAUAGGACUGUGUAACCAGGGGAGGCCUUCCCUAGCCCCACUCCAUAGCGGGGCCUAACUAACUGCAAACACACGUAUACACAUGCAGAGAAAAACAACAACACAAAACCCUCGAGGUUGGGGGCGGGGGUCAUUCAAUAAUAGAAUGAACCUUUCACUACCAGCCCAACAUACAAAACUCCCUUCUGUUCCCUGUCCCUUUCAGGAUCUGGGACGUGCAGGGGCAUUAGCCCUUCUUUCCUUCCAGCCCCUUCUACUCCCCACACUUUCCCAGCAGGUUCUGAAAGUUGGUGUUACCCGGGUGAUCAAAGUCUGAUCUCUGAAUUGGGAAUUCUUUCCUAGCCUGCUAUAGCCUCAGCCCAGGCAGUCCCUAGGCCAUUUCUGCCAUACUCCAGGUCCCCUUCGCUCUCUGCCCCCAUCCCUGUCCUCUCCCCAGAGAGACACAAACUGGUUGAUCUGAGAGUGCUAGCAUGGGCCAGAGGUCGGGGAAAUAGACAGGUGUUGUCAACAGUGGCUCAUGUUCUCGAUGGAAAAAGAAUUCUCUCUUCCAAAUGAGUUUUUAAAAUGAACUUGAAGAGGCAACAGAGUGGUAUCCACCACCCACAAAACUCAACCCGGGCAGGAGCCCAAUGGUAGGCACCCUUGGUCCCUUCAAACCAACGACUAGAACCUGGAUCAGAACUUAUCCUCAGGCCACUGACACAGCCCUAGCAUUGGCUGGCCAGGAUGAGAAGAACCCAAGUAAGCCAUGCUGUCAAGUUGUUCCCAGAAGGCCCACCUCGUGAGCUGGCCUGUGGGGGAAAAUGGCAGCCAAGAAGAACUUAUGGAGUCCCAAUGUCAGCAGGGCCUGAGUUUAUUUAAAGGGAGGCAGCCCCUCACAGAGCUAAACCUCAUGGCCCUCAUUUUCUGGCAUUAAUAGCCUCUGUCACAAGCCUCUCUGAAGUCUUGGACUAGUAGAUCCAAUGGACAAUGCCCUAACAAGAGAGUGAGAGUUGCCUUGGUCUGGUGAUGUGUCCUGGACCCAAUCACUCCUCAAUAUUUGACAAGUGGUUUACCUGCUAGUUCAAUUAAACAAAUAUCUAUUAAGUACCUAUUGUAUGCAGUCCCCUAUGCUGGGAUCCAGGGGAUAUAAUAAAGUUUAUGUAAGGUCCAUGUCCUUAUGGAGCUAGAGUCUAAAGAAACUUACCAAGUGAUAUUUUAACCAGGGAGAAAAUAGCCUUUUGGCUAUAAGAUGGAUUGGGCAGCAUACACAAGCCUAUCUUUAUUGGGUCUGUGGAAGCGAGCUUUCCCAGAGAAAUUGAUGUGUUUAAAUCAUCCCUCUCAUUCCCUACAAGCACAUUUAGUUAACACAUGGAUGAUGGGCCAAACGACUUUGACUUUAAAUCUCCUAGAAAGAAUGUGAGAAAGACACAGUCCAGAAAAGAGGGAGGGAAACUCAGUGUGGGAUCAGCCCCAGAAUCCUCCGGCCACUGGCACCCCUUCCAGUCCCAUAAGAUGAGAAACCUUCCUUCUGAUCAGCAUGAGAACAUUCAGACUGGGAUCCAACUAGCCAGACCAGAGGACAGACAGAGGCUAAGGAAGGAAAUCUGUCUCAGGAGGGGAAAAAGGCACUGAUCGAGUUCUGUCG